AUGGCUACCUACCAACGGAUGGAAGAAUUUAAGAAAGAGGAAGUUAAAGUGGAAAUAUACCAACAACAACAACACCACAGUUCGCCGACAUUGCCAAAGCCUUCACCGCUUCAGCCCACCGGCAACGAUGGAAUCGCGUACCUCCAACUCCUCCUCAUCCUAUCAACGCCACCACAUACAUCCACAAAUCCUUCCCCUCCACUCCGUGACUACAGGACACACCCUUCACGCCUUCAUUCUUCCAGUCACCUAUUCGUUUCUCGCCCAACCACCCAACAACAGAGCCAUUCCAAGCAUAGAUCACUAACAUCCGAUGUUGAUGUAACCGAUGAGCAGCACCACGACCUUCGUCCAGAUCCGUUACCAGCCACCAUACGCGAGAAUCGUCGCGAGGUAACCAUUAUUCACCAUUUUCAUUGUUUGUUUUAUCUAAUAAAUAUUGAAAUAUUUCUUUUGUGGAUUGAAAAUAAGAAAGUAGAAGGUGAAAACGUACAAAGAUGA